AUAGUUAAUAGAGAGAAAGGAAGAGUGAAGUGAAGGUGUUAGCGAAAGAGUAAGAGGAAAAUUGGUAUGCAGAGAGAAAUGGAGGGAUCAGGUUCAGGUUCAGGUUCAGGUGUAGGUCCGGCACCGUUCCUACUGAAAACGUACGAGAUGGUGGAUGAUUCAUCGACGGCGGAGAUAGUUUCAUGGAGCUCUGCCAACAACAGCUUCAUCGUUUGGAACCCCGCGGAUUUCUCUCGCCUUCUUCUUCCCACCUUCUUCAAGCACAACAACUUCACCAGCUUCAUCCGUCAGCUUAAUACCUAUGGAUUUCGAAAAGUGCACCCUGAGCGAUGGGAGUUUGCCAAUGAGGAUUUUGUGAGGGAUCAGAAGCAUCUUCUUAAGAAUAUUCACCGCAGGAAACCCAUCCACAGUCACACUCACCCUGUUGCCGAUCCAGAAAGGUUGGCAUUCGAGGAAGAAAUUGAAAAGCUUUCGCACGACAAAACCACCAUUCAGUCUAGUAUUUUUCGCUUCGAACAGCACCACUCUGCUGCUAAGACUCAUCUUGAAGAUCUACAGCACCGCUUGGAUGGCAUGGAGGAGAGGCAGACCACUUUGCUCAACUACUUUGAGAAGGCUCUUCGCAACCCCACAAUUGUUCAGCAAAUUUCUCGCAGAAUUGAGUCCUUGGAUUUGUUGGCUUAUAACAAGAAAAGGAGAUUACCUCAGGUUGAUGACCAUGACCAUCCCUUGCACCAUCCUGUGCCUGAAAACAGCUUUGUUGAUAAUUUUGGAAUGGAAUUUGGGAAUAUUUCUCAUCAAGAUUUCUCCAAUAAGCUCACACUGGAAUUGUCCCCAGCUGUCUCGGAUAUGAACUUGGUAGUGUCAUGUAGUACACAGAGUUCAAAUGAAGAUGGAGAAAGCCCACAUGAGAUUCUACCUGCACAAACUGGAGCAUCUUUUACUUUUCAGAUGGAUUCUUCUGAGAGCCCCAAAUUGGACUCAAAUGGUGAAGAUGGUGACAGUUAUAUAUCCUGUCUUUUAAAUCUAACUCUGGCAUCUUCACCUCUCCAAGUCAAGAGAAAUUCAUGCACAGAUCGAUCACCACCCCAGAUAGACUGUCCAGAAUUUGGGAAAUUGGCUGAAUCAAAAUCUUGUGCCGAUGAUAAUAAAGAAUAUGAUGUUGGAGAGUCUUCAAGCAGAAAUGUAAACGAGGUUGCUAAUUUAGCUGAUGCUGAGGCUCCCCCAGAUGCUCCAGUUAGAGUAAAUGAUGUGUUUUGGGAACAGUUUCUUACAGAAAGACCAGGCUGUUCAGACAAUGAUGACUCAACGUCCACCCACAAAGCAAAUGCAUAUGCUGAGCAAGAUGAAGGGCGCUCAGUUCAUGAAAUCUCUGGAAAUGCUAUCAAUAUGGAUCAGUUGACACUCUGACCAUAUUUUGCUGGAGCCUUAGUACUAGUUUUGAUACAGGUAUGUGAGAUUCGAAUGAUAAACAUACUAUAAUUUGAAACUUGACAUAAAGUUUUAUGCCUAUGUUGUUGUGUAAAAUGUGAAUAAUAUCAUUUUCUGUGGCCACUGAAUCACUCAUGUAAGGUACUAGCUAGCUACGUGGCAGUUUUUGUAGAUAUUCAUGCUUAGGAUGCUUAGAGCCAGGCUUCUUGUAAACUUCUUUGUGAAUAAUUGCGUGGCUUUUCUUUGUCGGAUAGGUAGUAAAAGUUUGAAUGGAAUGGAAGGUAGCGGAAUGCAUUAUUUUUUCUUCUGCAUUUUGAUUGCCACAGAAGUAAAGUGAAGUGUAGAUGUGACCCUCACUUCUGCACUGCAUUUCUUUUCA